AGCACAGCGCGGCGGAUCUGCCCCGGCCAGCCUUUCUGAAGAGCCGCAGAGACGCAGUCGAAAUGCCCGUCGACAUGAAUGGAUACUGGAAAAUGAUUUCCAAUGACAACUUCGAGGAGUACAUGAAGGCUCUCGAUGUAAAUGUUGCCAUCAGAAAAAUUGCCCUUUUACUGAAACCCGACAAGGACAUCGUUCAAAACGGGGACCACAUGAUGAUCAAGACCCUCAGUACCUUCAAGAACUACAACAUGGACUUCCACGUGGGCAAGGAGUUUGAGGAGGAUCUCUCAGGAGUCGACGACAGAAAAUGCAUGACCACCGUCACCUGGGUGGGAGACAAACUGGUGUGUGUUCAGAAGGGAGAGGUAGAAGGAAGAGGAUGGACCCAGUGGGUGCAGGGAGAUGAGCUUCAUCUGGAGCUGAGAGCUGGAGGUGCUGUUUGCAAGCAGGUUUUCAAGAAAACCUAAACUGGCCUUAUUCACCAACACAGAGUGAUCCAAUAGAAACUGGCUCAGAAAGACACACCAGAUUCACCAUACCCAGCAACAUCCAGCAUACUUUGACCCUGCUACUACCCACAUUGUUUUCACAAUUACUUUCUUAUUGUAUUCAAUUUGAAACAAUGAAGUAACACUGUAUUAUUGUCUCAGGGCAGAUGCUUUGAUGAGCAGGUUUAGAUGAGCUGAACAUUUGCACACUGCUAGCUGUAGCCGAUCUCAAAGUUGAGCCAGGUUGGGAAAAAGUUUAGUGGAAAUGAGGAAGAUCUUUAACAAACUGUUUUUGCUGUAAACUGAUGACAUCUGAGUGGACCAAAUUGCUCUGGUCUUCCUUAUACAAUCAAAUCAGUCCCCAGAAUGAGAAUCAGAUGAGAUGCGGUGCACAGAAGGUAUUUCUCUGAAAUUAUUUGAGAGUGUACAGCUGAUAUUAGUAGGAGUUAAUCAAUAAAUGAAGCACCUCUCAA